UUCGCACUUCAAUAAAAGACGACGCUCCGUUUGCGGGCUCCCUGGAGCUGAACGGGAGGAUCACCAUACCUCGGUUCUGCUUACCGGCGCUGGAAGCAAGGUUCUGAUCAAUUGACCCACACAGCGAGAUCAUGUGACUGAACAGAGGCGUUCACAGACGCACCGUCAAACCUACUUCCACAUUAACGGAGGACAGCAGGCAGCUCGGAGCCACUGGGAUUGUACCGCUUAUUAUUGCCUCACAUUGUCAUGAAAUGAAGGGAGCAUGGGGGCUAAAGAGUCGAGGAUAGGUUUCCUGCCGUAUGACGAGGCUGUCAAGAGAGUUACUGAUGUGGAGCUGAAGCGUCUGAAAGAUGCCUUCAAGAGAACCAGUGGCCUCUCGUAUUACAUGACCCAGCAGUGCUUCUACAGAGAAGUCCUGGGAGAUGGAGUUCCACCAAAAGUAGCCGAG